GACUCACUUCCAUCCUCCUCCUCGCAUCCUCUAUCACAAUCACUACCGUGACCCAACAACCGUUUAGACUCCGUGGAAAAUUAGCUAUACGCUGUUCCUGUCGCUUCAUAUAUCAUCUGCUAUCGAAUUUCAAAUCACCGCCUCGUUUUAUCACAGUCACGAUGCAGUCUCCAGUGACAUCAUCCGCCACGCUGCUCAGCUUGUUGAGACAGUCAUCGAGCAGACGCACAGCGCAGACAUGCCGUCUUUUCUCCUCCUAUGGAAACUCACAGCGCUCUUCUUCGAAGCGUGAGUUGCAGACUGCUACCGCAUACCGUCCACACAGUCUGCCCACUUCCUUCCCGCCACCUCGGAGCCCGGGGUCGUCCGACACCUCCAUUGCCGCAGACUUCCCCUCCUUCCGCGAGAUGACCUCGCCUCAACUUCCUGGCCAACAAGCCUAUUCUCCGAACAUCAACCUUCACGAAGCCGAAUCACCGAAGUCCAAGCCUGUCGAGACCUCUCCCGCCACUACCGCUAAGCCCGCCGAGAAGCCCCGCAGAAAACUUCGCGCCCGCAAGGCUGCUAUGAAAGUGACCCCGGUGGCCAUCGAGCAACUUCGUAAACUCUUGUCCCAGCCAGAACCCAAGCUGAUCCGCGUGGGAGUCAAGAACCGAGGCUGCUCUGGCCUCGCCUACCACUUGGAGUACGUGGAGAAGCCGGGCACUUUCGACGAGGUCGUGGAGCAAGACGGUGUCAAGGUCUUGAUCGAUAGCAAGGCUCUCUUUAGCAUAAUCGGAAGUGAGAUGGACUGGCAAGAGGACAAGCUCAGCAGGAAAUUCGUCUUCCGCAACCCCAACAUUAAGGAACAAUGCGGAUGCGGUGAAUCCUUCAUGGUAUAAGUCGCUGAUCUGCGCUUCCAUCCGACUUUGUUAUUCAAUAAUUGGAUGAACUGGGUUUUGGGUUUCUACAUGCAUCGAAUGGCGUUCUGUGGGCGGUCUUCUUUGGCGAAUGAGCUUCUUCCUUCUUUUCUUGAACAUACACUCUGAUUCCCGGGCACAUAGCCCACCAACUGUGCAAUAUAUUCUUUCCUCUCUUUUCACAUGUGGAUGAUAACACCUAACAACUCUGCUGAUCAGACUGCGCCAUCGCACAUGGCAAUGUGGUGGUCCAGUCAUUCUCAAUACAUAUAAUUGGGAAGACAGUUCGAACAGUUAUAGCUCCAACUUGAGUUAGGUGUAAUGAAGAAAGCUGGGUUGGUCACAUAGCCUAGCUGUCGGUAGCACGACAACAAAGAC